AUGCAGGUCAGCCCCAAGCUCCUCCUCAUCGGCCUCUUCCUGGCCUUCUCGGCCCCCGUUGAUGUCGCCGAGGCCGCCACGACCAGCAAGCAGCAGGCUCGCAUCAACGCCGCCAAGCGCAUCAUCAUCGCCCGCCCCGGCUCGUCCAAGGCCUGGUGCUCGGCCUACCUCAACGGUGCCCACCCGCACCAGAAGACCGUGACCAAGCUCAAGUACAAGACGGUGCACCCCACUGUCACCAAGGUCAAGAAGGUCACCUCGACCAAGACCCCCGUCCACUACAAGACCAAGACCAGGAACGCCACCGUCACCGACAUCCCCACCAACAAGAGCACCUUCGAGACCACCGUGGCCACCGUCUUCGCCACGCAGACCGAGGACCACGACGUGACGGCCACCGUCACCGAGGCCGCCACCGCCACCGAGACCUCCGCCGCCGAGACCGUCACGGUGGCCGGCGACGACGUCACCGAGACUGUCACGCCCACCGCCACCGUCACCGUCACCGUCGACGGCCAGGGCAACGUCGUCGAGCCUACCCCCGAGCCGCUCGACCGUCGCGCCGCCAGCGUCCCCCGCUGGCUGCGCGCCUACCGCGAUGUCGCCCAGGAGGCCUGCCUCCAGAUCGUCUACGGCGUCGACCAUUACAAGCCCAAGACAACGACCAAGACCAUCACGCGCUACCACGGUCACCCCAUCACCCAGACCGUCACCUCGACCAAGGUCAAGACUGCGCCUUGGACUCGCACCAAGACCAGGACGGCCUUCGUCACCGCGACCGUCACCGGCGACGCUGUCAACGUCACCGAGACCGUCUCCGCCACGGCAACCAACUCGGUUACCAUCACCGAGGACCGCACCGUCCAGGCCACCUCGACGGCUACCCAGACUGUGACUGUCGACGGCCCCAAGGUCACCGUUACCAACGCCCCAGCUACCGUCACCAAGACGGCUGCCACGGCCACGGAGACCAAGACUCACCACGCCUCCUGCCGAUACCACGACGCCCCCGGCUGA